AUGUACUACAACAAACAAAGGAGACACCCAAGGCGUGAGCCUUCUAAAGGAGAGGAGAUGGGCGUGAUUCAUCUGAGGGAGAGGAGAUGUAUAAGCCCUAGCCGUGUACGAGGGUUUCAGGCUCGUUAUAUGGAGAAGCGUUUAGUGUUUGCGAUUCACCCAGACCCUUUAUUCUCUGCUCCUGAUGAUAAAGAAAAAGAAAAAGAAAAAGAAAAAGAAAAAGAAGAGACAGAGAAAGAAGAGACAGAGAAAGAAGAGACAGAAAGCAACAAAGAAAAAAUAUAUAAACCCGCGGGGGCCCUAGACCCCAUCGUUCUUAUGGAGGCCCUCAGCCAGCUCACCGAUCAGAUGCUACAAAAAAACGAAGUCUUCGCAGAGAUUACAGGGGGGGGAGCUACGUUUGGGUGGGAUGGCCCCGGCAGCAGGCCGUACUGCAGCGAGACAGAAGAGUCUCCUGAGGAGACAGAAGAGACAAAAAAAAAUAAAAAAAAGAAAAAAAAAAAGAAAAAAGAUAAAGACAAAGACAAAGAUAUUAUACAUGAGGAUAUACAGCAGACAGGAGACACAGCAGACACUGCAGCACCACAAGUUGAGUCUCUUGAUGAUGAGGCUGAAUCUGCUGCUGCUGCUGCUCCUGCUGCUGCUGCUGCUGCUGCUCCUGCAGCAGCAGCAGCAGCAGCAGGAGCAGUGGUGAUGGCGGAGACAGAGGGAGAGGAGAAGAAAAAGAAGAAAAAGACAAAGAAAGAGAAAAAAGAAAAAAAAGAAAAAAAAGAAAAAAAAGAAAAAAAGAAAAAAAAGGAAAAAGAAAAGGCGGCAGAGUUGAUGGAGGAGACACUGUCUCCUCGUACACGAGGAGAAGAAAAAGAAGAAAAAGACAAAGAAAGAGAAAAAAGAAAAAAAAGAAAAAAAAGAAAAAAAGAAAAAAAAAGAAAAAGAAGACCUCAGCAGCAACAGCAGCUUCCAGCUCUCGAGCAGCAGCAGCAACAAACCCAUCAGCAGCAGAAGCAGCAGCAGCAGCAGCAGCAGCAGCAAACGGAGACAAAAAAGGAGACACCUUCUCCCCCCCCAAAAGAUAUUUCACCUGUUCUUAGCCUCAGCAGCAGCAGCAGCUUCCAGCUCUCGAGCAGCAGCAGCAACAAACCCAUCAGCAGCAGCAGCAGCAGCAGCAGCAGCAGCAAAGCUCCUCCUCCCCCCAAACCCCGCAGCAUGGGUCUUGCUGCAGCAGGGAGACUGCUUGCUGCAGUGAAGAGACUGAGGAGCCGCCACUCUCCAGCAGCAACACGAAGCAGCAAAAGCAGCAGCAGCAGCAGCAGCAAACGCAGCAGCAGCAGCAGCAGCAGCAGCAGCAAGACUAGCGAAACAGAUUCAGAGACACGGGAGCAAGAACGGCUGCUGCGUGCACGUCUCUCCGAGUUAUACAAGCAGCAGCAGCAGCUGCAGCAACAGCUGCAGCAACAGCAGCAGCAGCAGCAGCAGCAGAGUGAUACAGACACAGAUUCUUUCUCUGCUUCUCUUGCGAACACGAAGCAGCAAAAGCAGCAGCAGCAGCAGCAGCAAACGCAGCAGCAGCAGCAGCAGCAGCAGCAAGACAAGCGAAACAGACUCAGAGACACGGGAGCAAGAACGGCUGCUGCGUGCACGUCUCUCCGAGUUAUACAAGCAGCAGCAGCAGCUGCAGCAGCAGCUGCAGCAGCAGCAGCAGCAGCAGCAGCAGCAGAGUGA